UCAUAUUUUUCAAUUCUUUUUCGCCAAAACGGAAUAAUUCACUCCGGAUUUGUGGUUCAGAUACGAAAGAUUCAAAUUUUAACCAAAAUCAUCUUCUAUAACUUAUUUUGAACCGGCAGAAUAGUGUAAUAAUAUAUUGAAAAGUUUUAUUUUUGUACCUACACUGUAACACUGUAGACAUAUUUUAUAUUUUUUAAUCCUGAUGUGGCCCAAUCGUGUUGAGUUUUAGAGUGCCUGAAUCGCCUAUCAACAGGCGUUAUUAUUGUAAUAAUAUGCAGUUGCAGUAAGGGUUAUUGAGUAAAUCACUUCAUUGUUUUUAAAAUGGCAUAUCAAACACUAUUGCAAGAAUAUAUGCUAGUGCCGCCUGUAACUAGAGUUUAUACGACUGCAUGUGUAAUCACUACUUUGGCUGUGCAACUGGAUCUUGUAUCCCCAUUCCAGCUUUAUUUCAACCCUAUAUUAAUACUAAGGAAAUACCAGUUAUGGAGACUAGUUACAACAUUCCUUUUCUUUGGCAACUUAGGCUUCAAUUUCUUUUUCAACAUGAUAUUUACAUACAGAUACUGUCGGAUGUUGGAGGAAGGGUCAUUUAGAGGAAGGACUGCUGAUUUUGUUGUAAUGUUUAUCUUUGGAGGAGUUUUAAUGAUUUUAUGUGCUUUUUUUGUUAACUUAUUAUUUUUAGGUCAAGCAUUUACUAUUAUGAUUGUUUAUAUAUGGUCAAGACGUAAUGUGUAUGUGCGAAUGAACUUUUUUGGACUGAUGAAUUUUCAGGCACCAUACCUACCAUGGGUUUUACUGGGAUUCUCUGUUUUACUCGGUAACGCAAUAUCAGUUGAUUUGGUGGGAAUGGCCAUUGGACACAUAUAUUUUUUCAUUGAAGAUGUUCUGCCGCGCCACAGAGGUGGCCAAAAGUUACUGAAGACACCAAGAUUUCUGAAGAAGUUAUUUGAUCCAGCCGCAGAAGAUGACUAUGUUCCACUGCCAGAACUGGCCAAUAUUCGGCCCGGAGGCUUCGACUGGCGAAAUCCACAAUUUGAACAAGGGAAUAAUGACAAUGACAAUGCAAAUAGAUAAAAUUAGUACAAUUUAUAUUUUUAAACAUUAAGCCAAAUUAUUAAUUUUAUACAUAUUAUGAGUUCCUUGAAUCAAUACAAAUAUUUUAAAUGAAAUUUAUUUAUUAUUGAAUCAAAUACCUACAUAUUGAAGUACAUUCAUGACUUGUUUUUGUUUGUGUAGCACAAAGAUGAAUUAUGGGAAAAUGGUUCAAUGAGUUCUGCCUAAUAAUAUUUACUACAUACAUAGGAGUUUGUUCAUUGUGAUUAUUUAUUAAAUGGUAAAAAUUAAA